UUCACUUUGUGUAUCGACAUCUCAUAGUUCACACGUUCAGUUUCCAGUGCGUUUUGUAUAUUUUGCGUAUUUCAUUUGUAUAUUUAGAUUUUUUUUUAUUGUAAAUAUUCGGUCUAUUUGCAUGUUAGAAUCGAAUUAUCUCGUACGUGAACCGGCCAAAGAGAAUCAACAAAAUUCAGCAUAAAUUAGUGGCGAAUAAAAAUGGAUUGGCAUCAGAUACUUUUCUGCUCGCUAGUGGUUUUCGCUUGGCUUAACGGAUGUUCUUCGGAGUCAUGUACUAAUGAUUCAGAUUUCAUGUGUCGGACCGGCCAGAAAUGCAUCGAUAAAUCUAAAAUUUGCGACAAAACUAAGGACUGCGAUGACGGUUCCGAUGAAGAAAACUGCGAUUGUAAGGAACCGGACUGGUAUUUAUGUAAAGACAACACAACCUGCAUAGAUCAUUUUAAACGCUGCGAUGGACAUUAUGACUGUCCAUACGACGAUGAUGAGCAGAAUUGUGACCACUAUGUGUCACAUCACGAAGUAACUGAAUGUACAAAGGAUGAAUUCAAAUGCGGUGACGGUAUCUGUUUGCCGCUCGAAUUGGUUUGCGAUGGUAUAAAACAAUGUUUCGAUGGAAGCGAUGAGAGUUCUGGCUGUGCAACAUUGUCACAGAAGUGUACCGGAUUUUUAUGUAAAAAUGGACAUUGCCUGACAGACCGAGACUGGGUUUGUGAUAGGGUAAAUGAUUGUGGUGACAACAGCGAUGAAGCAAAUUGCACAUACGAUUGUACACCGCAAAACAACCGAUUUUUAUGUGGCCAAAACGAUACCUGUAUUUCGCUAGACAAAGUAUGCGAUGGCAAAAAAGAUUGCAGUAAUGGUAACGAUGAGAGCGAUGAAUGUGUAAAACUCAAAUCGGCUCGGAAUUGCACAAAAUCGUGUGCGCCAAACGGACGCUGUCAUAAUUUUCCAAAUGGACCGCAGUGUAUUUGCCCCAAUGGAUAUCAAUUCAACGAGGAUAAAGAACAAUGCGAGGACGUUAACGAAUGCUUGGAAUUUGGUAAAUGUUCGCAAGGUUGUGUCAAUACAUUUGGAUCGUUUAAAUGUGCAUGUGCACCGGGUUUCAGAUUGGAGAGAGACAAUCGAACAUGUUCAGUAUUUAGAGUUACAGACCCAAUCCUGCUCUAUGCCGCUAGUAAGUCGGUUAAUUGGAUCCAAUUACGUGGUGCAACAAAACAUUUGAAAAGAGUCGCCGAAAAAUUGAAUCAAGUCAUUGGCGUCUGCUAUGAUGGAAAAUAUGUUUAUUGGACGGACAUUUCUGUACAAGUAGAGAGCAUAAUGAAGGCAAAGAAGGAUGGCAGUGAUUUACAGACUCUGUUCACAGCCGGUUUGAGUAAACCCGAAGAUGUUGCUGUCGAUUUUGUCACUGGUAAUAUUUACUUCACCGACAACGACUAUCAACACGUUGCGGUAUGUUCGAAUGAUGCUCGUUACUGCAAAGCCAUCGUUACACAGAAUGUACAUCGGCCGCGUGGAAUUGCCUUGCAUCCACAAAAAGGUAAAAUGUAUUGGAGCGAUUGGGGUCUAACUCCAAUGAUUGCCGUCGCAUCAAUGGAUGGAAGUAACAUGCAGCCAUUGAUAACUGAAGAUAUUACGUGGCCAAAUGGCCUGGCGCUCGAUUGGCCGAAUAACCGACUCUAUUGGGUGGAUGCAAAAUCUCGAUCGAUUGAAAAUUGUCGACUCGAUGGAAGUGAUCGAAGACAAGUAAUCAAACAAGUGUCAAAGCACCCGUAUGGUAUUGCUGUUUUCCAAGAUUCGUUAUACUGGUCUGAUUGGGAUUCGAAAAGCAUUCAAUCGUGUAACAAAUUCACGGGCAAAAACCGAACAACAAUCAUUCGAGAUAAUCUAAUCUAUGAUAUUCAUAUUUAUCAUCCAGCGAUGCAAAAUUUCAGCAAAAAUCCGUGCAUUGAAAGUGGAUGUAGUCAUUUAUGUUUGCUCAAUGAAAAUGAUUCGUAUACAUGUGAUUGUCCAAAAUUUAUGGAAUUAACAGCCGAUAAACACAAAUGUCGAACGACUGACAAGCAAAAGGCCAUUUUAAUGGCCAUUGGAAAUCGUUUAGUUAUAUUCGAGCAUCAAUCAUUUGGCAAACAUGAAGACGGCGAGGGAAAAACAUUACCAUAUCAAGUUGAUAAAAUGACAUUCAAUUCGAUCACCGGCGAUGUCAUUGUAGCUGAUAACAAACGCAAAGUUAUCAUACAAGUGAGCCUGGAAAACUAUGCUACAAAAGUGCUGAUGAGUGAAAGCAUUAAUAACGUAACCGCAUUGUCAUUCGAUGAACUGGCCAACAAUUUAUAUUGGACGGACGCCGAACGCAGUACAAUUGAAGUAUAUUCAUUUAAUACUCGACAACGUGCUGUGGUGCAACAUUUCAUGGGAUCCGAGACUCCAAUUGCACUGGCUGCGAUUACAGAAAUCGGAAAAUUAUACGUAGCACUCCGAUCAUUCGCUCAUACACACAUUGAUCAACUAUCGCCAAAUGGUAGAGGUCCGCACUUUCAUAUGCUUGAAGAAGAAUUGGGAAAUGGGCCCAUUUCAAUGGUAGUUGAUUACGAACUAAAAGAAAUCUUUUGGACCGACUAUGCUCAAUCGAAAAUCUCAUACACUGAUUUUCAUGGUGAAACGCAUCAUACAUUUUUGUACGAUGUCAAUCAUCCAGUGUCGUUGGCUAUUAUCGGAGAUGAUAUAUUCUGGUCAACGAGUAAAUCAAUCAAAUUAAAUUGGACGCCAAAGCAUAGCUAUGUGGGUACGAAGAGCAUGCAUAUUGAGCAUCCGUUUACAACAUCCACGGCGGCCGAUAUAGAAUUGUUGACAAUUUCACCAGUUACUACUCAUUCAAAACAUCCAUGUAAUGAAGGCGUUUGUUCGCACAUUUGCAUUGCAAUGGGUAAAACAGUAUAUUCCUGUUUAUGUCCAGCGGGCACAGUAUUCAAAAAUGCACACAAUUCUACGUGCGUUCCACACACUGAGUGCUUUUUCCGUUGCGGAUCUGGUGAAUGUGUCACAGAAGAGCAGCGAUGUAAUGGCGUUAAAAAUUGCUUGGACUUUAGCGACGAAGAAGAUUGUCAAGAACGGCAGAAGUUUGUCACUUGCGAACCGAAUCAAUUCACAUGUCUCGACAGAAUGAAGUGCAUUGACCGCGAAAAUAGAUGCGAUAAAAAUAUCGACUGUGAUGACGGUUCCGAUGAAAAGGACUGUAAGGAUUACAUCAAAGAAACCAAAUGUCACAAGAAUCAAUUUCUAUGUUCCAACGGACAUUGCAUCGAUUCGAAUGCUUUAUGCGAUGGUUUCAAGGACUGUUCAUCUGGCGAAGAUGAGCUUGCAUCCAAUUGCCGAAAUUCGGAAAGUCGAACAUGCAAUGCGAACGAAUUCAAGUGCUCCAAUAACCAGUGCAUUCCAAACGCCUGGCUGUGUGAUGGUAGUCUCGAUUGCUCAAAUGAUGAAGAAAAUUGCGUUUCCGAGGAGUGCGCCGAAAAUAUGAUGCGAUGUGAGCACGGAACCUGCAUUUCCAAAGCGCUUUGGUGUAAUGGCGACAAUGACUGCGGAGAUUUCUCUGAUGAAAUCAAUUGUGCAGAAUGGUUUCAUUCGGAACGGGUUGAAGUUGAGUGUGGUGAUGGCGAUAGCAAGCUGUUCCAGUGCAAAAGUAACAAAACAAUUUGCUUGGACAUGGAGAAACGAUGCAAUGGCUACACUGACUGUCCAAAAGGCGAAGAUGAAAUGGACUGCAAAGAUUGCACCGUAGACGAAUUCAAAUGUGCCGAUAGCGGCCAGUGUGUACUUCAGAGCUGGCGGUGUGAUGGCGUGAAAGAUUGUAAAGAUGCAAGUGACGAAAAGAAUUGCAAUUCAACCAGUCAUCUCUAUCAUAGUCAUCACUACCAUGCGAGAUGCACUGAAUCUGAAUUCAAGUGCAAAAACGGAGAGUAUCCUUUGUGUGUCGAUUGGGAUCGUGUGUGCAAUGGCGAUAAAGAUUGUUCGGACGGAUCGGACGAAGGCCUCAAUUGUGAGUCAUCGUGCCGAAAUUCGCCAUGCCAACACCUAUGUAAUAAAUCACCAAAUGGUCCGGUUUGUGCGUGUCGCGAUGGAUUUGCAUUAGAUUCGGACAAAAAAUCAUGCAUCGACAUAAAUGAGUGUGCAAACAGUACAUUGCCGUGCGCACAAAAGUGUGAAAAUACAAUUGGCAGUUAUCGUUGUUCGUGUUUCCGUGGUUUUCAACUGAGCGCCGACAAAAUUUCAUGCAAGUCGAUCGAAAGCAAAUCAUUCAUGUUCUAUUCGUCGUAUGACACCAUUUACCGGAUGGGUACGCAUCUAACGACCGCGAUAUCAACAAAUGAUUCAAAAAUAAUUGGAAUGGGCAUGAAUUUCGAUAAACAGUUGCUCUAUUUUACGAUUGAAGACAGUGAGGCACUGUACGAAUUCAAUUGGACUGAUUCGCGAAUGAAUUCAGUGAAAAAUAUUGGUAUACCAACUAAAGUGGCCGUCGAUUGGAUCACAGAUAAUGUGUAUUUCAUCGAUAAGUCUGUGGCAAUCAAAGUGUGUCACAUGGAAGAACGCAAUUGUAUCACAUUGAUUGAGAUGAAAUCCGGCGGACACAUCAAAUCUCUCGAUAUUGAUGCACUUCAUCAGAGUCUAUUCUAUGUAACCGUGAAAAAACCCGAAUUCGAUACACUGAAGAGUACAGUCAUCGCUCACAAAUUGGACGGCAACCGAAUACAAGUAUUAAGCGAGGAUUCAUUUUUUGUGUCAGCACUUACAUCCGAUUUUUACACCGAACGUGUAUACUAUGUCAGCUUUGAUACACGGUCAAUUUGGUCCGUGAAAUACGAUGGUACGGGCAAACAACUGAUGAUUACACGAAACGAGUUCAUAACACGACCCAUCGGAAUCAAUCUGUUUGAAAGUCAUGCCUAUGUAUCGAAUGCUGAUUCAAAAAUCCUUGCCAAAUGUGCACUAUAUGGUGAUAGAGUAUGUAAACCGCUUGGGUUGAACGUCAAUCAAGCGGAUAAUCUAGUAAUCGUACAAAAAUCGCGACAAAAAUCCACCGAAAAUUCGUGUACAAACCAUAAAUGCAAUACGAUUUGUGUACCAACCGAUUUGGGCCGGAAAUGCAUCUGUGACUAUGGCCAAACGAUUGCGGAAAGCAGCGAAUGCAAUAGAGUGGGAGCACAACAAAACCAACCGAUUUUCCAUCAACACACCACUGGAGACAGGUCGAACGGUGGCCGUAUAACGAAAAUGGUGCUAGGCACUCUUUCCAUUAUCAUGGUACUGUUGCUGGUUGUGAUGGGAGCAUUGUUCAUUUACAAGCGUUUAUAUGGGAAACAGAACAUAAACAUAAGCAUGCAUUUCGAGAAUUCGCGAUCGGCUAUUGAUGCAGCGCGUGUGAAAAUGUCCAAACUCAAUGAAAUCAUGAUUCAUCGAAGGGGCAAUAAAAACAACAAUCAAACGACCACGGCCAAACAAUCGACUGUCGUCGAAGAACAGGAAAUCAGCGGUUUUACUAAUUUUUCGGAUACCACGCUCGACGAUACACAGAGAUUAUUGAUAUAAGUAAUGUAUUCAGUUUUUCUUUUCAACGAAACUGUCAAACAUUGUAAAUAGAAUAAUUUUCUGUAUUUUGUCGAUGAUAGUUGUAUUUAAAAAAAAAAAAAAUUUGGCUAUUUGUUUAAGCCGUUUAAGUUUUAUAUAUUGUAUUCAAUACGCAGAGAAUAAUAUGAUAUUGUGGAAUACAAAUCAUUUACCUAUAAAAAUGCUGGCAUUACUUAAGAAAAGUCAUCAUUAAAUUGUGAUAAAAGUAGGGUUUUUGUAAACAGUAGAAAU